AUAUUCGCGGCCCUCCUCCCGCGUGCCCCGCCGUCGCCCGGCCCGAGUACCGACUACCGACGAACACCGAACUACAAACCCAGUAUUGAUCGGGCUUCAACCGCGAAACGGCGCCUACAAAAUGUAAUUUGAAUUUUUCGCGUUUUACCAACUUCAGUGCCAGUGCUAACGUUCCGUGUGCCUACAUCGGAUGAGCGGUGAAGUGAGAUUUCGGGGCGAUGUGAGGAUUACCGGGGGAAGGAUUCCGCGGACGAAAUGUCUAAGAUUCCUGUUGACCGAUACGGCAAGACGAGACCGGUAGAUGCGACUAGAAUAUACACGAAGGAGCCGACGAAGUUACGAAGUUCACUAUGCCUUAAUAUUCAAAGAAACCCCCCCCAUCCGCACGUCAAACCGCCGCCGCCGCCCGGCGCCGACGACAUGGACAACGAUGAGACGAAGGAGAAGUUAUUUUUAAAAUCUUACACGUCGUUUAUACCCAAGAUAAACUACAACGCGACGAAAGUCGCGGAACAGAACCCGAGAAUACUAGAUUUGCGGGAAAAGUUAAACGAAAUCAGUAGAAAACAAGACGGGAACGACCGUUUGGGGGCGAACGGCGGCGGGGAAGACUCCGGGCCGUACAGCCUGCUGUUCGACCUGCAGCCCGACGCGACCACCUCCGACCGCUUCCCCUACACCGACACCUUUGAAUACAAUUCUACUCAACUAGAAACCAAAUCUCAAUACCCUCGGAGGCCUUUAAAUCUUUCGUCCAAGAGUAUGGAGAGGUCGCCGAACGUGGUGCAUUUCGACGACAAACCGAUGACCGAGUUCGAGUACUCGUGCGAGAAGGAGCCCAAUCAUGCCAAGAAAACGUUAAACGCUCAGCCGAGGUCGGACCUCUGCCUCCAGCUGAAAUCGCAGGUGCACUGCCGAAAUUACGAUACGAAUAUGAGCCCGAACGACAACUCACUGAGCAGAACGAACGAGGAGAACUCUCUCGACGACAGUCUGGGGAUUCUGACGCCCGAUCAGAUGGACGACAUAUGCUACCUAGAGAACGCCUUUUCCCCGACCGUCGAGGGUUUGCCUAUAUUUUGUGAAAACGACGACCUAAAAUUUUCUCCCGACAAUAGCGACACACCGUCGACCGAUAAAACGGAGAGCGACUCGGCCGCCUCGACUAUUCAAAACGACGUAUACGACAAUGUAGCCAAAAGGUGCAGGAGUACGAGGGAAAACCUCGCCCCGAUCGCUACGAUCGAUUCCAUCGACGUCGCGAACAACGACGACGAGGAAAUUUUAGCACAAAACGCUACGGAUUUACCCGACGAGGUUCAUCGUAGAUCAUUUUUUACCGGGGUCAGGGAGCCCUCCGAUCUGUUGAUAAAAAUAGAGGACGAAGCGGACAAAGACGAGUCUAAUAUAGCCGAAGAAGAUUUUUUACCUUCGAUUCACGGAAGCAUCCUGGAGCCGGCCAGCUCCGUCGCCGACACCACGGUUAACCUGGAAAUCCCCCUCGACUGCAAACACGGGAACCCGAUAAACAAUAGGAUCGAGCAAACUCCGUCACCCGAAGAUUUACCGCUGGACAGCUCCGACAUACACGGGGAGAUCAGCACCUACUCUCAGUUUUCCGCCUCGACGCUGCACGACUCCCAGACGUACUCAGAUAGCAAAACCGACAAGUCCAUCGACACCUCGAAAGUGUCCAACAGUUUCAUCACCAGCAUCACCAGUAUCACCAGCCUCGACGGCUACCAGGGCGACGGCGAGAUGUCCCGCCCCGUCAGCAGAAACGCCGACCACGCCGCCGGGCCGCGAGAGGACACGAGCGACAUGGACUGGCAGAACGUCCCCGUCGCCCGGCGGGUCGACCCCAUGACCGACUCCGACUUCUUCACGGAGAGCGACGCCGACGGCAUCGACGACCACGUGCACAGGGGGGACCGCCGGGCGCAGGUCAUCGACGGCGCGCUGUACGGGGGGAAGAACUCCGCCGGAAACCCUCCUCUCGUCGUCAACAGGAGCGAGGACUCGUGCAUGGAGUCGAGUGGAGUGUAUACGGACUUCGAAAACCAUCGCGCUUCCCCGGUAUUCCUGAACGUCAUACCCGACAUGUCCCCCGACUCCACCACCUCGACGAAGUCGGAGUGCAGUCAGAGGGGCUCGGGCCUCGGCAAGUCGUGUUUCACACCGAUAGAGGACGCGCUGGAGGAGCAGAACUCGGACGCGUCCCACGCGGCGGAAGAGGACGAGACUUCCAGGAACACGAGCAAAAGGAAUUCCCUGAACAGCGUCAAGGAGUUGAAGACCAACGAUAAAAACAAGGACGAGAAACGAAGCUUCACGCUCAAGAAAUAUAAAAUGCCCAAGCGCGACGUCCCGAGCAAGUUAAAAGCCAUGCUGGCGAGUAGAAAACCCGACGCGGAUAGCAGUCCGCAGAACAGCCCCAAAGCUGUCAAGAAAACUGAACGGAGAGAUCGAGACUUCUUAAAGAAGAACGUUCUAGAUCUUAAAAUGGAGUACAAGUCUAAGACGUUUAAGGACAUAAAAUCUAAAGUCGAUUGCUCGUUCUCGUUGCAACGUUCUCAAACCUCAUGCAGUGUCUCAAGAAUGCUCAGCUCCAAAUCUACAAAUACCAACACGAAGCCUAAAAGGGGUCACCUGCGCAUGCGUUGCGAGGCGGGAUCGGCGGUGGGCAGCGGCAAGAGCAGCCUGCACAGCUCCCAGAGCGACAUCAGCGCCGCCAGCUCGCCGCCCGGCAAGCCCGCCGCGCGCUACUCCGCGCUCAGAAAUGGCAAGAAGCGGGACAGUGGUCCGGGCGCGAGUCCCCCAGCCCGCGCGCCGCCCGCCACCCCCGCAGCCCCCGCCGCGCCGCAGCAGGCUCAUGCUAAGAAGAACGGCGUGGUGCAGAAGUUGACGUCGUCGCCGGUGGCGGUGCGCGCGCGCACAUCGCUGGCGCCGCCGCCGUCGCCGCGCAAGCCCGGCCCGCCCGCGGCGACCCGCGCCACGCCGCAGCGACCCAACUCCCUCGCAACUGCCAAAGAGCCGGCGCGCGUGUCGUCGGCGGUCGGGCGCGGUAAACGCGGGCAGACGCCGCAGCAGCCGGCCGCGCGCUCGCCGCCGGCCCCGCCCCCCGCGCCCGCCCCCGCCCCGCCCUCGCGCGACCACGCCCAGCACCUGGCCCACGCCGCCAAGGGCGUGGAGGCCCUCGGCGUGCUAGUACAGUACCUAGUGUUUCAGUUGGAGGAGGCGAACGGCAGCGGAUGGCGGGCGGAGGCGGAGCGGUGGCGCGGCCUCGCCGCCGCCGAGCGCGCCGCAGCCGCCCGCGCCGACACGGACCGCGCCGCGCGCGCGCAGAAGGACUUCGACACCAUCGCGGAAUGCCUGAGCAAGAUCUCUGAGCUGGAGCGCGAGGUGUCAGCGCGGGAGGAGGCGCGGGGCGAGGCGGCAGCCGCGCACGCCGCGCAGCUCGCCGCGCUCGCCGGCGACGUGCGCCAGCGGGAGGACACCAUCGCCGCCCUCAAGGAGGAGGUGGCGGAGAGCCGCGCGCGGCUGCACGCGCACAGCGAGCUCGAACGCACCCUGCGCGCGCAGCUCGACGCAGCGCGGGCCGACCUGGACCGGGCGCGGACCGACCUCGACCGAGCGCGGGCUGACCUCGACCGAGCGCGAGCCGAUCUAGACCGAGCGCGCGCCGCGCAGGCGGAGGACGCGGGCGACGACGCGUCCGAGGACUCCGACGAGUCGACCGGAAGCGACGGGCCCGGUGACGUGUUCGGCGACAGCUCUGGCGACCGGUCGGACGACUUCGGCGACAGGUCCGCCGACAGGUCUGCUGACCUGUCGCCCCCCCGGGCAGGCUCCAAGACCCGCACCGUGAGCGACGCCGCCUGCGACCCGGUGCUGUUCGAGGCCGAGGGCGACUGCGACCUCCGGCUCUACUCCAAGGAGGAGCUCAGCACGGACCCCACCGAGCUCGCCGCCGAGGUGCGGUCGCUGCGCGCGGUGAUCGAGAUGAAGCAGGCGGAGCUGGCGGCGGUGCGCGGCGCGCGGGCGGAGGCGGGCGCGGAGCGGGCGCGGCGCGCGGCGGCCGAGCGCGCGGCGGCGGCGGCGCGACAGGCGGCCGAGGAGCUGCGUGAGCGCCUGGCCGCGCGCCAGAGCGACGCCGACCGCCUGCGCGACGACAACCGCCGCUUGCGCGAGCUGGCCGCGCGCGACCGCGACCACGCCGCCCGCCUCGCCGCUCACAACGAGGAGCUCCGGUACAAGCUCCGCCAGAAGUCGCAGGUGGUGUCGCUGCUGGCGGGCGCGCGACGGCGCUCGCUGUCGGGCGGGUCGGCGCGCUCCCCCUCCCCGCCGCCCACGCCGCCUUCCCCCGCCUCGCCCGCCGCCUCCCCCUCCCCCUCGCCCGGCUCCACUCCCCUGCCCGCCCCCCUGCCUGCCGUCAAAGGCGUCGUCGAAAAGCACGACUCCGUCAGCUGGGUGCUCGAGAUAGAAGAGACGCCUGAGGAAAUGGCGACCAGGCUGGCGCGACGCUCGUCGUUCCGGUCGGGCGGCAGCAGCAGCAGCAGCGGCGGCGGCGGCGGCGCGGGCGCGGGCGGGGUGAAGCGGCGCGGCGGGGGGUCGGCGGGCAGCUCCCCCGCGCCCGCGUCCCCCGCGCCCGCCGCCUCCAAGCUGUUCCGCGCCGAGCUCGACUUCCCCCCGGCACCGCCGCCGCUCAAGGAGUCCGCGGGAGAGGCCAUCUACAUCUACGACGACUCGCGCUACUGAGCCCCCCCGCGCCCCGCGCCCCCCGCGCCUGCCCGGACCUCGUCCGCGCCGCCCUGCGCCGGACGUUACCGCAUUUGUAAUGCAUGCUCUACUCGCAAUAGUAUUUCGAAAGGAUUUUAUCGAUAAUAUUAUUUAUGAGCUUACUAUAGUUUUACGUAGGUCUAGCGAGCGGGAGCCGAAAGCUCGCGGUGAUAUAUGCUCGUGUUCCCCGGCUCGGCUCGGCUCGGCUUCGGCCGCCUCUAGCGUUCGUCGCUCGCAGCGACGCUAAGGAGUAGGUUAGGUACUCACCGAGUGAUGUAGAGAUGAUCCUCUCGGCGCGGAGCCCGGCGCUAGCCCGGCCUCCGCCUCGACGAGGACGAUCGUGUACCUGUAAGUUGCGCCAAUGAAUAUAAUAUUACGACUGUUUUCUAUAUUAACACCCCGUUUACUCGAAUUCUAUCGAUCGUUUUUCAUGUAACAUAUGUCUAUACUAGCUCUCCUCUUGCCGCUGUCCUCUGUUUCACGUUACGACGUUUCUCGCUUCGUUGGUGCAAUAUUUGUUUCGGAGACGAACGUACUCGCAAUACGCGCGUUCGUCCGUACGCUCGUGUAUGUUACGCGCUAUUAUAUUUCGGAGUUAGUUUACGUGUUGUUUUGUGUCGAUUGUAAUAUUUAUAUUAUAUUAUUAUUAUAGUUCGUUAUGGUUGUUGGCAUCGUUUUUUAUUUUUAUGUACAAAAUAUCAAUUUUUAUGAAAAAAUGUAGCGUUAAGCGAGGUGGAGAAUGUUAAGUCACUAAAGUACGUAGUUAAGCUUCGAUGAUAGUUUUUAUAUCGAUAAUAUUAUUGUACUGCUUGUGAAGUGAUGUACUGCGACGGCGCGGCGCUGCAGUCGAACCAAAGAGUCCCCGCGCGCCGCCCGCGCCUGCGCCCACGCACGCCGCGCCGCUGCGACUGUCGCAUGCCGGUCGCUCGUGCGAUUUUAUUCACUUUUAUUUAUUUUUUAAGUUAAACAAUAUUAUAAAUAAUACCAUUCCAAAAUUAAGAAUUGUAAGCAAAACAAUUAAAUACUUGAUUAGGAGAUUAUCUAUUAUAAAAAAUAAAGUAUUAAUAAAA